AUGUUCAAAGAGCCAUCAGGAUCAGCCAGCGGAAUGCCAAAAAAGGGCAGUGAAACAGACAUUGAUGAAGGUCUUUACUCUAGACAGUUAUAUGUCCUCGGCCAUGAGGCUAUGAAGCAUCUCCAGGCAUCCAGUGUGCUGGUAUCAGGACUUCGGGGCCUAGGGGUGGAGAUUGCCAAGAAUAUCAUCCUUGGUGGUGUCAAAGCUGUCACCCUGCAUGAUGAGGGCACUGCUCAGUGGGCUGACCUCUCGUCCCAGUUCUACCUGCGAGAGGAGGACAUUGGUAAGAACCGUGCUGAGGCAUCACAGCCCCGCCUUGCUGAACUCAGCCACUAUGUGCCAGUCAGCACCUACCCUGGUGCCCUUGUUGAAGACUUUGUUAGUGGUUUCCAGGUGGUGGUCCUUACCAACUCCCCUUUGGAGGACCAGCUGAAGGUGGGUGAGUUCUGUCACAGGCAUGGAAUCAAGCUGGUGGUAGUAGACACUCGAGGUCUAUUUGGGCAGUUGUUCUGUGACUUUGGAGAGGAAAUGAUCCUCACAGAUUCCAAUGGGGAACAGCCUCUCACUGCUAUGGUUUCUGUGGUUACCACGGGCAACCCUGGUAUUGUCACUUGCCUGGAUGAAUCCCGACACGGAUUUGAGAGUGGUGACUUCGUCUCCUUUACAGAAGUUCAGGGCAUGAAUGAACUCAAUGGCAUCUGUCCACUAGAGAUCAAAGUCCUGGGUCGUUACACCUUUAGUAUCUGUGAUACCUCAAAUUUCUCUGAUUAUAUCCGUGGAGGCAUUGUCAGUCAGGUCAAAAUAGCUAAGAAGAUCAGCUUUAAAUCCUUGCUCAACUCACUGGCAGAGCCAGACUUUGUGAUAACAGAUUUUGCCAAGUAUUCUCACUCUGCUCAACUGCACAUUGGUUUCCAGGCCUUGCAACAGUUCUGUGCUCAGCAUGGCAGUUCCCCUCGGCCCGACAGUGAGAAGGAUGCAGCAGAACUGGUGACCCUAGCAGAGGCUGUGAAGGCUCAAGGCCCGCCAGCAGUGCAGCAAGAUAAUUUGGAUGAAGACCUCAUCAGGAAGCUGGCUUACGUGGCUGCUGGGGAUCUAACACCCAUGAAUGCCUUCAUUGGGGGCUUGGCUGCUCAGGAGGUUAUGAAGGCCUGUACUGGAAAGUUUAUGCCUGUUAUGCAGUGGCUGUACUUCGAUGCCCUUGAGUGUCUCCCUGAGGGCCAGGAGGCUCUUUCAGAGGACAAAUGCCUUCCAUGCCAGAACCGUUACGAUGGGCAGGUGGCUGUAUUUGGCUCCGGCCUGCAAGAGAAACUGGGCAAGCAGAGAUACUUCUUGGUGGGUGCAGGGGCCAUUGGCUGUGAACUGCUCAAGAACUUUGCCAUGAUUGGGCUAGGUUGUGGGGAUGGUGGGUCAAUCACGGUAACAGACAUGGACAUCAUCGAGAAGUCAAAUCUGAACCGACAGUUUCUGUUCCGUCCUUGGGAUGUCACGAAGUUGAAGUCUGAUACAGCUGCUGCAGUUGUGAGCCAAAUAAAUCCACACAUCCGGGUCAUAAGCCAUCAGAACCAUGUGGGCCCUGAGACAGAGCAUGUGUAUGAUGACGACUUCUCUCAAAACCUGGAUGGUGUGGCCAAUGCCCUGGACAGUGUGGAUGCCCGCAUGUACAUGGACCGCCGUUGUGUUUACUACCGUAAGCCACUUCUGGAGUCAGGAACACUGGGAACCAAGGGUAAUGUACACGUGGUUAUCCCCUUCCUGACAGAGUCAUACAGCUCCAGCCAGGACCCUCCUGAGAAGUCCAUUCCCAUCUGUACGCUGAAGAACUUCCCGAAUGCCAUCGAGCACACGUUGCAGUGGGCUCGGGAUGAGUUUGAAGGCCUUUUCAAGCAGCCAGCAGAAAAUGUCAACAAAUACCUUACAGACGCCAAGUUUGUGGAACGAAUGCUGUGCCUGGCAGGCACCCAGCCUCUGCAGGUGCUGGAGGCCGUGCAGCGCAGCUUAGUGCUGCAGCGGCCACAAUCAUGGUCUGACUCUGUGACCUGGGCGUACUAUCACUGGCAUACCCAGUACUCCAACAACAUCAGACAGCUGCUGCACAACUUUCCUCCUAACCAGCUUACAGGUUCAGGAGCCCCUUUCUGGUCUGGGCCUAAAUGUUGCCCACACCCGCAUAUCUUUGAUGUCAACAAUCCCCUGCAUCUGGACUACGUGAUAGCUGCUGCCAACCUGUUUGCCCAGACCUAUGGGAUGAUGGGCUCUCAGGACCGGAGUGCUGUCACCAAACUCAUUCAGUCUAUGCAGGUCCCUGAGUUCACCCUGAAGUCUGGCGUCAGGAUCCAAGUUUCUGACCAGGAGCUGCAAACAGUUCCUCCAUUGUACUAUCUAGAAAACCUUUUGUUCCUGAUCUGCUUCCUCUAUUCUUCCUCUGUCUCUACUCAACAAAAGGAUGAUGACACCAACUUCCACAUGGAUUUCAUUGUGGCUGCAUCCAAUCUCCGGGCAGAGAACUAUAACAUUCCCCUCGGAGACCGACAUAAGAGCAAGCUGAUUGCAGGGAAGAUCAUCCCAGCCAUUGCUACAACCACAGCAGCUGUAGUUGGCCUUGUUUGUCUGGAGCUGUACAAAGUGGUACAGGGACACCAACAGCUUGAGUCCUAUAAGAAUAGCUUCAUCAACUUGGCCCUGCCCUUUUUCUGCUUCUCUGGGCCCCUUGCCCCACCCCGUCACCAGUUUUAUAACCAAGAGUGGACACUUUGGGAUCGCUUUGAGGCCCAGGGGCUGCAGCCUAAUGGUAAAGAGAUGACCCUCAAGCAGUUCCUUGACCACUUUAAGUCAGAGCACAAAUUGGAGAUCACCAUGGUGUCCCAAGGUGUAUCCAUGCUCUACUCCUUUUUCAUGCCACCCAGCAAGCUGAAGGAACGGAUGAAUCAAUCGAUGACAGAAAUUGUGAGUCGAGUAUCAAAACGAAAGCUGGGACACCACGUGCAAGCAUUGGUGCUUGAGCUGCGCUGCAAUGAUGAGGAUGGCGAAGAUGUGGAGGUUCCUUAUGUACGAUACACCAUUCACUAA